AUGCCUCAAUGCUCAGUACCUGGUUGCUCUCGACAAGGAUCACUAACGUUUCCAAAGUCUAUUGAGUUACGUAAAAGGUGGUUGCAAGCUAUUAAACGGUUGGCGGAUGAUAAGAAGGCUAUUUGGGAACCAGGCCAGGCAGCCAGAGUAUGCCAUGGACAUUUCGACGAUAAUGACUAUCACUCGGCUAACUAUUAUGGUGGUAAACCACUAAAUAGACGCUUGAAAGCUGAUGCUGUGCCACAUCUUUUUGGAUGGAGUACACCAAAGUGCAGUGCAGCGGAGAGGAGGCGCGAGCGACAACAAAAACGUGAGGAGCUGCAGCAGCAGCGAACAGAACACAGUCUUGUGGAAGUAGGCGAGGAAGUUGAAGUUAUUUCAGGGGAGGCAUCGGAAGUACUACAUGAGACUACUGAAGAUGCAUGUACACACGUAUCUUCUGGUACACAGACUGAUUCUAUCACCGUAUGCAGUACUGUAGGCGAUAAUUCUCGCUUCAACAUUGAAAAUUCAACCGAUGAAGAAAUCCAUUACUACACUGGUUUAGGAGAUAGGAGCAGAUUCAACUUAGUCCUUUAUUCGCUUGGAGAUGCAGCGUACCACCUCAAUUAUUACAAGAAAGCUAUACCCAAGAUCAGCAUUGCAAAUCAGCUGUAUCUCACAUUGAUGAAGCUUCGGACAGGACACCCAAAUAGAGAGUUAGGUUUUUUUUUCCAAAUCGAUGAAAGAGCUGUAGCGAACAUUUUUAUUACUUGGAUCAACUUUAUGUUCCAUCAGUGGAAUGAAAUAGACUGGUGGCCUUCACAAGAAUUAGUUAGAUAUUUCGCACCCACUGAUUUCAGAGCCAAAUUUUCAAAAACACGAGUCAUAGUAGAUGGUACAGAAUUCCCCAUCCACAAACCAAAGAACCCACUACCUCAACAAGCAUCUUUUUCAACGUACAAAAACAAAAACACUAUGAAAAUACUUGUGGGUUCAACACCAGGUGGUUUAGCGUCAUAUGUAUCCCCUGCCUACUGCGGUUCAGCCAGCGAUCGGCAAAUAGUAGAGCGAUCCAAUUUACAAAGCCUCUGUGAUCCGAGCGAUGAAAUCAUGGCCGACAAAGGAUUCAAUCAAGCACAGCUGUUCGCCGGAGAGGCCAAUAAGCUACUUGCGGCAGAGAUGCGGUGA